UGACGAAAAUAAGGGACAGCAAUGCCAUUAGCUUCCCACCAAGUUCUUUCGUUCCAUUCCUUCCUAUAAAUACUGAUUGCAGCCGAGUCUGUAAUCAUCAGUUCACUCCAAUAACAAUCAACAAAUGAACAUGGCCAAGUUCGCUAUUUCUUUUGUUCUCUUCUCUCUUGUGGCUGUUGCCUUGGUCAGCGGUCAGUAUAGAAGUUACGGUGGAUCCAUGUAUGGAAAAAGUGGAUCCAUGUAUGGAAGUUACGGUGGAUCCAUGUAUGGAAAAAGUGGAUCCCCGUAUGGUUACGGUGGAUCCCCGUAUGGUAACGGUGGUUACAUGAAAGCUGAAUACAACAAUGGCGGAUCUUACCAUGGCGGAUACAACGGUGGCAGCCGAGCUUAUGGUAAUGACAAAGACUACUCGUCCUCGAUUUACGGAUCAGGAUACAACAAUCGCAGGGGCUAGUAUAAAUCUCACAGCAACUCCAUUUCAACUCACGUUUGGCAGUCCGACCAGCUGAUGAUCGACUUCAAGAAUUUUAUCUUCUCAAUUGGUUAUAGAUUAAGUCUUCUUAGACUAUUAAGUACAUGUCCCCAGAAAAACGAAAACAUAUAUCGAAAACAUCCUUUUCUGUUUGUCUAAAGGUGAAAUAAACAAGGGCAGCAUAAA